AUGGAGUCCACCGCGGCUCAGGUGAAGGUUAACUUCACCACCACCCAUGAAGACCUCCAACUGCCUGAGAACAAGAGGCAACUUCUCGUGCCGUCCGACAUCAAGCGAUAUGGCCUCUCCCGCAUUCUCAACUCGGAGUCUAUGCUCAACACAUCCGCCCCGGUCCCUCUCGACUUCCUUGUCAAUGGCACGUUUCUCCGCACAACCCUCGAAGAGUACCUGCAGACCGAGGGACUUUCCUCCGAAACCACCAUCACGCUACAAUACGUUCGCUCCCUGCUGCCGCCCACGUACGAGGCCUCGUUCCAGCAUGACGACUGGGUUGCCUCGGUCGAUGUCCUCUCCGCCACCUCGGCCGCCGGCCGCUGGUCUGGCGACGACCUGAUCCAGGGCCAGGACCGCAUCCUCUCCGCCAGCUACGACGGUCUCGUCAGGAUAUGGGACGGGUCCGGCUCGGCGCUGGCCACCUCGGCGGCGGCCCGCGGUGGCGGUCACGCCAAGAUGCUCACGUCGGCCAAGUUCCUGAGCUCGACACAGAUCGCAUCCGCCGGUCUCGACCAGAAGAUUGUCGUCUGGAAGUACACCGAGGCAGCGGACCGGCUGUCGGGCGAGCUCAAGCCGACGCUCGAGCUGCACGGGCACAAGCAGAAGAUCAACAGCCUCGCGGCCCACGGCCCCUCGAAGCGGCUCCUGACGGCGUCCAACGACGGCACCGUCGGCCUCUGGCUCGCGUCGAAGAAGGCCGCCGACGCCGACGCCGAGGACAUACCGGCAACGCACACGGCCAAGCGCGCGCGCGUCGCCUCGUCGGUGACGGUGCCGCAGAAGGCGCCGCUCGCGCUCAUCGCCGCGCACGGCGACGCCGCGGCGACGGCGGCCGCCUUCCACCCCACGGACGCGACCGUGGCCUACUCGGCCUCGACCGACCACACGCUCCGCACGCUCGACCUGACGACGGCGCGCGUCGUCUCGACGCUGACGACGCUCCACCCGCUCCUCGCCCUCGCGCCGCUGCCGCGCAGCGCCCACGCCCUCGUCGCCGCCGCCUCGGCCGCCCGCCACGUCACUCUCCUCGACCCCCGCGCCGCCGCCGCCCAGACGUCGGUCCUCACCCUCCGCGGCCACGCCAACAUGGUCUCGGCCCUCGCGCCGGCCCCGGACAACGACUACUCGCUCGUCUCGGCCAGCCACGACGGCACCUGCAAGGUCUGGGACCUGCGCAGCGUGCGGCCCGCCACCCGCGACGAGGGCGGCGCCGCCGCCGGUGGCGGCAGCGUCUGUGAGCCCGUCUACACCGUCGCGCGCGAGUCGCUCGGCGGCCGCAGGGCGCCCCUCGGCGGCGAGGGCGUCAAGGUCUUUGACGUUGCGUGGGAUGCCACGUGGGGCAUCGUCAGCGGUGGCGAGGACAAGAAGGUCCAGAUCAACAGGGGGCGGGAUUUGCUGUCGCAGUAA